AUUUUUUUUCCUUCUAAAAUCCAGUAUUUUGUUUAUUUCAGAAAUUUACCAAAUAGGUCUACAUUUAGUUGUCCAAUUUGUCAUCAGGAAAAUUUGGAUUGUACUGCCCUUAUACAACACUGUAACAAAAUCCAUGCACAGGAAUCGGGAAGUUUUGUAUGCCCAGUUUGUGCUUCCAUGCCAUGGGGAGAUCCUAAUUACUGUAGUCCUGAUAUAGUUCAUCAUCUCAACAUGAGGCAUAAGUUUGAAUAUGACACAUAUGUGGAUUUUAACCAAGAUGAGGAUGAGAUGUUGAGGCUAGCAUUACAGGCCUCCCUAGAACCAGUAUAAAGUUUAUAGUCUUUAUGGGGGAGAGUCAGCAAAACUCGCCAUUUAUCUGCUUAUAAAUAAAAGGGGGAAAAUUUGUGAUGUACUAACUGAAAAAGUAAACCUGAAUAGAACCAGACACUAUGCAUCAGCUUAUUUUGAUAGGUAUAUGUACAUGUAUAUCCGAAAUAGGAAUGUGGGCAAAACUGAAAAAAAAGUUCGUUUUUUUUACACUGCAAUUGCUUUUCGACAAGGAUGUAGAGGUUUUUGUUCCCCUGUCUUUUUUUUAUUUAAUUUUAAUUUUAUUUCAUUUUUUACUCUUUAAAAUAAAAUCAUGUCUUUGAGAAUUCUUCAAUUUUCAUGUGCUUUCUUCUGUAAACCAUCUCAAUAUUCAACCUGCUUAUUGUGCCACAACAGAAUCGUAGAACAAUGUGUAAAAAUUCUGUUUAUCAAUGUAAGAGUUUAUUAUGUAUUUGUUAAUACUUAAGGUUCAUAAACCCUCUGCUCACUCAUAUAAAAUGUUGCUUGAACCUUAAUGAUUUUCCAAAAGAAAUGUAUUUUAUAAGUAAAAUACAAACAAUUAUAGCAUAGCUUGCGGGGCAAAAUUGGACAAAAAAGACACUUCAACUUGGCAAAUCUAUACAGGAAUAAUA